AUGUGUAACGUCAUCUAUGCAGGUCAUUCCUGCUCCACAACCCAUUCCAGUUGGAUGGAGACGCGGGGCGAGGAGGUAACGGCAGAGCGGCGGCUUCUGCGCUUGUACGUCUUGCUCCCUCCGUUACUUUGGGCACUUUCUUUUUUUUUCUUUUUUAUGAUUGGGACGUUUUACGUGCAUUCCUUCCCAAUGCGAAAUGGCAACUGGGCGAGAUGUGUGACGUCAGCCAGCAUUGUGCGCCUGCGCGGUGAAUGUGCUGGUGUGUCGAAAGGUGUGGUGGGGAGCUCGAGCCUGACUCGACGAAGCGGCCGCUAA